AGAUGAGGGGGUUGGGUGCUCAGGUUAAAGUAAAAGUAGACACAUACUCCAUAAACAGAGUGCGGGCCAUCUCUGAAAACAAAGAAGCCAGAGAGGCUGUGGGGCACAGUGUUGCCAGUUUUUAAUGGGCUCGAUAGCUUCACAUGCCAACAAAUGGGAGGACCAUUCCUACUAUCCUGGGAAAGGGGCUGGGAUUCCCAGGAACUGGGCCACCACUUAUUCUUUGACCUUUUAUGGGCAGCCUGGAAGCUGUCAUGGCGCCUGUGGGAGUGUCGUUUACCAUUGCUAAUAUUACAACGAGCAUAUAAUGAAGCUCAAGGUCUACUGGAAGUCAAAUCUCCCAUCAUCUUGAUCCUCAAGACUUACUGGGAGUUGAGUCUUCCAACAUGUUGGUGUUAACUGCUGUGUCAUUCCUUGAAUGGCUGUGCCCUGCCCCCUUCCCUCCUGUCUCAUUUUCCCUUCAGAGAUUUUACUCCUAUAAUCUUACGGGUGUGCAGAGGGGUGACAGUCUUUCUUCCAAAACUACUUCUGGGCUGAAUAGGGGCAUUGACCUUGCCUGUAAGGGAGUAAAAAUCUCUUAAUGCCUAAUCUAGGGGCCCCAGGGGCAGGGCAGCCUUUUGUUUUUGCCUCAGAUGGUGGUAUGGCCUGGAAUCCUCGCAUAACCAUCAUGUGGGGCUGUUGUAACCCACUGUUUCCAUAGCAAUGAAUCUUCUUAAAGAUGAAGCACCUUUGUAACAACAGUUCAACUGUCUAUGAUGACAAAAGAAUUAAAAGGCAUGGAACCAGUCCUUUUAAGUGAGGGAAAGGAUGGGGGGGUUCUGGAAGAGGGCCCUCCCCAUGAAACCCCAGUCAUGGCCUGAAUCCAAGCCAAAAACAGACUGCUGUCCUCUAUAAAUCAUGAUGCCACUUAACCCAAACCCAGAACCUAGCUACAAUAUCAAUGCACACUACUACUAAUCAAAAGUCUGCAUCGUUCACAGAAUAUAGAAAGAUAACCGACAUUCUGGCCUCUUAAUCUGAGCCCAUUUCCCCCCUCCCAGCUUCCUUCCUCACUUCUUCUGUAUGACACAAUUUAUUCUUCUGUUCAGUUCUCCAGUCUAGACCUGCAUCUGAGGCCACAACCCAGCCUACUCACUCCCCUCACCCAUCUCUCCUCACUUACAGCCCCUUCCUGGGCUCUCCUCUUCUCAUCCCACCCCUGAGGAGCCCUCCUCCCCACUGGGCUCUCCUGGGACACAAAGACUAUCCCCUCCUCCUAAUGAAGGGAGGUGGGUAGGAGUUUCAGCCCCACCCUCAGGAAGACGUGUCUUCUCCCUCCGGUACUCUGUGGUACUUCCUCUCUGGCUGACUUAGCUGAUAGUACCCAGAUCCCAGGCCAGGCCCCUGGCUCCGACAGAUCUGAAGAUAGGCUACACCGCUGUACCUUCACCCUGGGAUUGGCACCUACUUUGAACCAGUGUCCCGAAAAGCCUGUAUGUCGUUGCAAUGGCCACAAACAUUACAUCUUCUGCAGCACCCUCCUCGCCAGGUGUCAUGUUCAUCUCUCUACUGGCUAUCAUCUUACUGUCGGUGGCCCUGGCUGUGGGGCUUCCUGGCAACAGCUUUGUGGUGUGGAGCAUCCUGGUAAAGAUGCGGAAACGCUCUGUCACUGCCCUGCUGGUGCUGAACUUGGCUCUGGCCGAUUUGGCCGUAUUGCUUACUGGCCCCUUUUUCCUCCAUUUUCUGACCCAAGGCACCUGGACUUUUGGACAGGCUGGCUGCCGCCUGCUCCACUAUGUCUGCGGAGUCAGCAUGUAUGCCAGCGUCCUGCUUAUAACGGCCAUGAGUCUGGACCGCUCGCUGGCGGUGGCCCUCCCCUUUGUGUCCCAGAAGCUGCGCACCAAGGCGGUUGCCUGGAGGGUGCUGGUAGGCAUCUGGGUGGUAUCUGUUCUGCUGGCCACGCCCGUCAUCGCGUACCGCCAGGUGAACCUGGCACCCAACAAUAGGAGCCUUAUAUGCUUUCCGAAGUACCCCAGCGAAAGACACAGGGCCUUCCAUCUGUUCUUCGAGGUCUUCACGGGCUUCCUGUUGCCCUUCCUGGCCAUAGUGGCCAGCUACUCCGACAUCGGGCGGCGGCUGCAGGCCCGGCGCUUCCGCCGCAGCCGCCGCACCGGCCGCCUGGUGGUGCUCAUCAUCCUGGCCUUCGCCGCCUUCUGGCUGCCCUACCACGUGGUGAACCUGGCCCAGGCGGUCCGCGCGGUGGCGGGCAAGGUCGUGGAGGACGGGCCCGUGGGGCGGCGGCUGCACCUGGCCCGNNNAGUGCUCAUCACGCUGGCCUUCCUGAGCAGCAGCGUGAACCCCGUGCUGUACGCGUGCGCCGGCGGCGGCCUGCUGCGCUCGGCCGGCGUGGGCUUCGUCGCCAAGCUGUUGGAGGGCACCGGCUCCGAGGGGUCCAGCACCCGCCGCGGGGCCACCCUGGUCCAGACGGUGAGGGGCGCCCCCACCCGUCCCGAGCCAGGCUCCGUGGAGAGCCUCACUGUCUCCACCAACCCUCUCGAGGGAAGCGAACCCAACUAGACCUGCAGGGUGGGGUGGGGGGUGGGGUGGGAGUGGGGUGGCGGUGGAAGGAUGCUUGCUUUCCUCCUGGGGGAAUGCCCCCACGCUGGCCUGAGUCAAUUCUGCACUCCCUCUUCCCCCAGGAGGAGAACACCGGUCGGGGAUGGAGCAGAAGAAAGGGAGGUGAGGGGCAAGUCAGGGCAGAGUGAGAGCCUGGCCCCUUUAAGCAGCUUUACAAUUAAAAUUCGGUUCUGAAAAGGGGUCAGCCCCGUGUGUGGGACUUGUGUAUUAUCUGAUCCUGUUGUUGAUCCUGGCUGCCCUUAAGGGGAUCCUUCUCAAUAGUUGAGGCAUAUCUUUUAGUUUCCCAUGAUUUUCAGUUUGGAAGGGACACAAAGACAGACCUAGAAAUCAGACCUCCUUCCUUCCCCUGCUGAGGCAGGUGGUCUGCACAUCAUACUUAGAACAACACAGGUCUGCAGACAGCUGAAGGAGCUGGCCAAGGACUACCACCCAUGUGGGCUCCUCAGUCCAGAUUCCCUGAGAAAACAGCACUGCUGUGAGGUGUCUACCCUCAAGGCUGUGAUAGGUAUCCUUGUUAGCAGGACUCCAGCUUUCUGCCAGUAAUCUUUGUCUUUUCAGUGAGAGUGUCCUAGGGGAUAGGGAUUGCCUUCCUUCCCUCCAUCUCCCAAGAGCCCUCACUUGAGAACCAAGUCAUCAGAUCUUAUCCCCUAGAAUUCUGCACAUCAGCAUUCUGCCAGCCCCUAAAAACAGACUGUGGUGUAAGCUGGAGCUGAGGGCUCUCUGUGAUGUGGUUACCCUUAGGAAACACAGAUUUGCAAGAGUGAGAAGGAUGUCAGUCUUUCCUAGGGAUGGCUGCUGUCUUAGAAGGCCUUGAGCUGGCUGUGUUCUGACAGCAUUUUAGGAAGUAGCAGCAGUGUACUUUUGAAUCUCUCCCAUAAAAAAAAAAAAAAAGAA